UAUAGCCGGACUUGUAGCCAGAGCAUCUCCAAACAUCUCCAACAACGACAUACCAGCGCACGAUUGCUCAACGAUGACCUCGAUUCAUGCAUUACGAAGGCAGCGCCUUACCACAGCUACUACAAAGUACUUACUUUUUAGUUCUCGUGCCUUAUCGACCCCUGCCUCUGCCGCGCGAAAUGCCGAUUCAUCCAAGACUGCCGCGCCGCAACCCCACAGUAUCGGUCCCCGAUGGCUCACCAUGACAAAGAGAAGACUGGGUAGAUGCAUCAUGUUUGGGCUGAAGCCGGGGCAAAUCCAGGAAGCGGGAGAGAUACUACAGCAAAUUGCGAGGGAUUGGCGUGAAUUGGUUGCUGGAAGCGAAGGUUACUUGACAGAUGCGACAAGAAGGGGGUUGUUUCGGCAGAGCGUCGCUUGGGGGGAGAUGGAUACCAUGGGUCAUGUUAAUAAUGUCACUUAUGCCCGAUACGCCGAAACUGCGCGGGUAUACUUGACUCGCAAUUUUGCUACGCAUAUAGAUCCGGACCAUAAGAAAGAGUGGAUGAAUAUUGUCGGCUCGACCGGGAUCGGUCUCAUUCUCAGGAGCAUCAAGAUCGAUUACAAAUUUCCGAUGACAUACCCCGAUGAGGUCACUGUUUAUCAUAAGCUAGUACAGGACCCAGCGUCUCAUUCACACAAAGACGCCUUUCAUCUGCAAGCCGUGAUCAUCUCAGAGGCGCGGCAACGACCCGCCGCCCGUGUCUCCGAAGACAUAGUCCUAUACGAUUACAGGCAGGGAAAGAAGACCGAUAUGCCGCCAUUCAUCCUGGAGCAGUUCAGAUCCACCUGGCAGCUCCAAGAGAAGGCGAAGAAAUUCUGGCAGCAACGGAUCCUUGAAAUCGAGGCAAGGGUGCGAACAUUAGAAGUAGAGAGCUGGGAUCGCGAUGAUGCAGUCGAGGAUAUAGGCUCCGCAAAGAAAUGAAGUGUCUCCUGGCUUAAUGUGGAGAUGAAAAUACGUCUAAUUGAGCGCCUCCCACGGUACCUUACCUAUGCUCUAGCAGCUGUAUAUAUAUGUAUGUCCGCAACCGCUCUACAUAUGGGUCCGGCCUACAUCAUCGGUACCGUAACGCUGUACCGUAUUGUACAUACAAGUCCAUCGCAGGUAAUCA